CCCAGUCUCUUGUCUCCCCUUAUCUCUCCGCCUCUCGUCUUUCUUCUUCCUCUAUCACUCUUACAGCAAUCGAGCCUCUCCCACCUGCAAUUUUGCGAUGGGUUCUUCCCAAAACUGAGCAAUGUUGGUACUUUCCUUUGCAUUUUCGAGUCCCAUCAUUGCCACUUUUACAUUUUCCCUCUGCUUUUUCAACACUGUCUUCACUUUCGCAGCCACUGAGUUCGACUUUGGCACCUUAACUUUAAGCAGUUUGAAGCUUCUGGGCGACGCCCACUUGCACAAUGGCAGCGUAAGCCUCACCAGGGACCUCGCCGUCCCUAACUCUGGCUCUGGCAGAGCUCUCUACUCCAAACCAGUGAGAUUUCGCCAGCCUGGCACUCAUUCUCCGGCGAGCUUCAAGACUUAUUUCUCGUUCUCAGUUACCAACCUGAAUCCAGCGUCCAUCGGCGGCGGACUCGCUUUCCUGAUCGCGCCGGACGAUGAAACCAUCGGUGACGCCGGUGGUUCUCUUGGCCUCCUUAACCCGGCGAGCGCUGCCUCCCCGGGUUUUCUGGCGGUUGAAUUCGACACGCUCAUGGACGUACAGUUCAAGGACCUCAACGGAAACCAUGUGGGUCUGGACCUUAACAGCAUGGUUUCAACGGAAGUUGGUGACUUGGGACCCAUCGGAAUCGAUCUCAAGAGCGGUGAUCUUGUGAAUGUAUGGAUCGAGUACGACGGCUCAACCUUGGGCUUUAACAUCUGGGUUUCGUACUCCAAUCUGAAACCGAAAGACCCGCUUUUGACAUUCAAUCUCGAUCUAAAUCAGUACGUUAAUGAUUUCAUGUAUGUAGGUUUCUCCGGCUCUACGCAGGGGAGUACCGAGACUCACAGCAUCCAAUGGUGGAGCUUCAGCUCUUCUUUUGAGUCGUACUCAUCUUCCCAGCCGGGUUCAUCGGUGACGGCGCCGCCACCGCCAACUGUUACCUUGAUGAACCCGACAGCUAAUUCCGUCCCGUCGCCGCCUCCAUCAUUAGGUCCUUCUUCCGGUUCAGCCUCAAGCACCCAACAAAAGGACAGUAAAUCGUCCUGCCACAAUGAGCUCUGCAAGCAAGGUCCAGGAGCCGUUGCAGGUGUUGUGACGGCGAGUGCUUUCGUUCUGGCUCUGUUCGCUGGCGCAUUGUUUUGGGUGUACUCCAAAAAGGUCAAACAAGUCAACAGGUCCGAUUCAUUUGCGUCAGAAAUCAUCAAAAUGCCAAAAGAAUUCAGCUACAAGGAACUCAGGACAGCCACCAAGUGCUUUAAUGUCAACAGAAUAAUUGGUCACGGCGCAUUUGGGACGGUCUACAAGGGAAUAUUACCAGAGAACGGCGACAUUGUUGCGGUGAAAAGAUGCAGCCAUACAGGUCAGGGGAAGAACGAAUUCCUAUCCGAAUUAUCAAUAAUUGGGAGUCUUAGACAUCGAAAUCUCCUCCGUCUGCAAGGUUGGUGCCACGAGAAAGGAGAAAUCUUAUUAGUCUAUGACUUAAUGCCUAAUGGGAGUCUCGACAAAGCUCUGUUCGAGGCGAGAAUACCACUUCCAUGGCCUCAGAGGCGCAAAAUUUUGCUGGGCGUCGCCUCCGCUCUGGCCUACUUGCACCAAGAAUGCGAAAACCAGGUAAUUCACAGGGACGUCAAGACCAGCAACAUUAUGUUAGACGAAGGGUUCAAUGCUCGAUUAGGCGACUUCGGAUUGGCAAGACAAACGGAACACGACAAGUCCCCUGACGCCACGGUGGCCGCCGGAACAAUGGGCUACCUGGCGCCAGAGUAUCUCCUAACAGGCAGAGCAACAGAAAAAACUGACGUGUUCAGCUACGGCGCGGUGGUUCUUGAGGUGGCCAGUGGAAGAAGACCCAUAGAGAAAGACGGUAACGGGAACAAUUUGGUGGAAUGGGUAUGGAGUUUGCAUCGAGAAGGGAGGUUGCUGACGGCGGCUGAUCCAAGGCUUGACGGUGAGUUCGAGGAGGAAGAGAUGAGGAGGGUGCUGUUGGUUGGGUUAGCCUGCUCGCACCCUGACUCGCUGGCCAGGCCCACCAUGCGCGGAGUGGUUCAGAUGCUGGUGGGUGAGGCUCAGGUGCCCAGCGUUCCCACGACCAAGCCUGCCCCUACUCUGAGCACCUCCCAGCUCUUGUUGAGUUUACAGGACAGCGUGUCUGACUUCAAUGGUCUGAUCUCCAUCUCGCCUUCGUCGUCGGAGAACAGUUUCAACGGCGGAGACAUAGAUAUAGUGUGAUGUGCAGUUCAUAAAUUAUCGAAUUCGUGUAUACACUGUAGAGAGCGACACAUUCAAUUGUUGCAUGUAUAUUACAAUUGCAAUAACGCGAUUUUUUCCCCCUCGGGUUUAUGCAA